AUGUGUAUCAAGCUCCUCUCCAAGCCCCUCAAUCCCAGAGCCCAUCCUUGGGCCCCACAUCCGAAACCGCCGCCGUGUCUACUCCUCCCUCUUCCUCCUCUACCUCCUCCUCCUCCGCCGCCGCCGCCGAGGGAUUACAUGCUCAAGUUUCUUGAUGAGUAUUGCAAAGCAUACCAUCUUGAAUAUGACUUCUUCUAUUUGCCUAUGGACUUCAGGAAAAAGGACAAUUUAGGUUAUGCGUUCGUCAACUUUACGAGCCCCUUCUCGGCCCUAACGUUCAAGGACGCCCUUCAGGAUUUCAAGUGGCAAACGGUUUAUGACUCGGGCCGCCCCAUGUCGUCGAAGAAAAUAUGCGACGUCACGUGGGGCCGGAUUCAGGGCCAAAAAGCUCUAAUCGAAAAAUUCAAGGACUCGAGGUUCAAGUGUGACAACCCGGAAUUCUUGCCCGUUGUUUUCAACCCGCCUCGUAAUGGAUCAAACGCUAGCUGGUCGUGUCUUGCUAAUUUGGGCUCGAUCGAGGGCCUGCAUUGA